AAACAACGGGGCACUCUGGACGCUCAACAUUCCAAUAAAGGUUCCGUGUCAUAUGGCAAAUCUUCGCUGGACUCGUUCACCGAUUCCAAGCCACACAAAUACCACUUCAGUCUGGAAGAGAGAACAAGGCAAAAGUGGAAAAUGAAAAGUGAAAAAAGAAAAACACGAAACAAAAUAGUAAAACGGUAAAAAGUGGAGAUCCGGAUAAUCAAACCCGAAGCGGACCGCUGUAAUUAUAUACGAGUGGGGAGCUCAGUCCCUGUUCAAACCCUAGCGAAAAAAAGAACCCAUCCCAUCCCUUUUCCUAUCUCUUCUCUCUCUCUCUCUGGUCUGAAGCCCCGUCCAUGGCUUCACGCAGAAUCGUAUCGUCGCUUCUCCGAUCGGCGUCGCGCCGUUCCGCGUCGUCGUCGAAUCCCAAUCCUAAACUUUUCUCCCCCUCCCCAGCCUCCGCCCGCCGCGCAUCUCCGUAUGGCUACCUUCUCACCCGCACCUCCGAGUACGCUACUUCCGCCGCCGCCGCGGCCCCUGCGCAAUCGGCUCCCGUGAAGACCGGUGGAAAGGAUGUAGGUAAAAUCACCGAUGAUUUCACCGGGAAAGGUGCGAUCGGGCAGGUGUGCCAGGUGAUUGGUGCCGUCGUCGAUGUCAGAUUCACUGAGGGUCUGCCGCCGAUCUUGACUGCUCUCGAGGUGUUGGAUCACUCGAUCCGUCUGGUUUUGGAGGUGGCCCAGCAUUUGGGAGAGAACAUGGUCAGGACCAUUGCUAUGGAUGGUACUGAAGGCUUGGUCAGAGGCCAGCGUGUCCUCAACACCGGUUCUCCCAUCACUGUGCCUGUAGGCAGGGCUACUCUUGGCCGUAUUAUGAAUGUUAUCGGAGAGCCUAUUGACGAGAAGGGAGACAUCUCAGCAACGGAGCACUUCCUGCCCAUCCAUAGGGAAGCUCCAUCCUUUGUUGAGCAGGCCACUGAGCAGCAAAUUCUUGUCACUGGUAUCAAGGUUGUUGAUCUCCUCGCACCAUACCAGAGGGGUGGAAAGAUUGGUCUGUUCGGUGGGGCUGGUGUUGGAAAAACAGUGCUGAUUAUGGAACUUAUCAAUAAUGUUGCCAAGGCCCAUGGUGGUUUCUCUGUUUUUGCUGGUGUUGGGGAACGUACCCGUGAGGGUAAUGACUUGUACAGAGAAAUGAUUGAGAGUGGUGUCAUUAAGCUAGGGGACAAGCAGGCUGACAGCAAAUGUGCUCUUGUGUACGGUCAAAUGAAUGAACCACCGGGUGCUCGUGCCCGUGUGGGUCUCACUGGUCUAACUGUUGCAGAGCACUUCCGUGAUGCUGAAGGCCAGGAUGUGCUUCUCUUUGUUGAUAACAUUUUCCGAUUCACCCAGGCCAACUCAGAGGUGUCUGCCUUGCUUGGUCGUAUUCCAUCUGCCGUGGGGUACCAACCAACUCUUGCUACAGAUCUUGGAGGACUCCAAGAGCGUAUUACAACCACCAAGAAGGGCUCCAUUACUUCCGUUCAAGCUAUCUAUGUGCCAGCUGAUGAUCUGACAGAUCCUGCUCCGGCUACCACCUUUGCUCACUUGGAUGCCACCACUGUUUUGUCACGACAGAUUUCGGAGCUGGGUAUCUAUCCUGCUGUUGAUCCUCUGGAUUCCACAUCCCGUAUGCUUUCUCCUCACAUUCUAGGAGAAGAUCACUACGGAACUGCUCGUGGAGUGCAGAAGGUUCUCCAGAACUACAAGAAUCUUCAAGAUAUUAUUGCCAUAUUGGGUAUGGAUGAGCUAAGUGAAGAUGACAAGUUAACGGUUGCUCGUGCCCGUAAAAUUCAGAGGUUCUUGAGCCAGCCUUUCCAUGUCGCCGAAGUUUUCACAGGUGCCCCUGGCAAGUACGUUGAGCUGAAGGAGAGCAUCGCCAGUUUCCAGGUACUCAACCAUUGCUUGGCCUCUGAGAAGGCGGUGUUCAGUUUGUAUCAUCAACUGGUUUGGCUGAUAAUAUUUGUUGGGUUUGUGAUCAGGGUGUGUUGGAUGGAAAGUACGACGACCUCUCAGAACAGUCAUUUUACAUGGUAGGAGGAAUCGAAGAGGUGAUUGCCAAGGCCGAGAAGAUUGCCAAGGAGAAUGCAUAGUAAAACACAAAGGGAAGAAGUGGCCUUUUUGUUUUUCCUUGUUAUUUUUGGGGGGCGGGUUUAAUCCCAUCAUGACAACUUAGCCUUUUAAUCUUGGGUGUUCCCCCGUCCUCUGAUAAUUCCGAAAAUCAAUAAUCUGUGUUUUAGACAGCCACUGGCAAGGGGGAUUCCUUGCCCGAGGAUGAUGAUGAUAUGUUCAAAUUUUUUUGAGACUAGAAAAGAUUGCGGGAUUGGCUUUUUCUCUCUUGCUGGUCUUUUGAGGGCCCCGAAUUGGAUGCAGUUGAACCCCUCCCCGAAUUAUUUUGUUCAAUAAGCUGUUGGUUGGGAUGAUGAGAAAUAUGAUGUUGGGGAGUUGUAUAUCAGGUGCUGCCUUUGCGAGCUGACCUUUCUAGAUGCUCUGCUGUUUUUUGCUGUGACAAUUGUUGGCAAUUUCUGACCUGACUACGACGGUGGCUGUUAUUUGAUGGGCAGUAGUAUGUCUGUUGUUUGAUGAGCAGUAGCAUGAGGUGGUGGCGUGGUGCAUAGAUAUUGCUUCCAACAUGUUUUGGUUUAUCUUGUUCUAUUUUCAGACUUGUUCGGUCAUGAUUUGCAUCAAUAAUUAUCUGUAUUUCUUCUCUUUUGAUUUUUUAAAAUAGUAUUUUCAUUUAAAGAAAUAUAAGAUUGCAGGAGAGCUUAUCCUAGGAGAUUUCUUCGAAUUCUUGAUUUAUUUGCUCGGAUUCGGGCAUAUUGUCUCCUCAAUCGGAGUUUAUGUGUGGA